AAGAGUUCAUCCGCAGAGCACUCUUCGCCGGCCAGUCAGCGCCAAAAAGUGCGGAGCUCUAGGACCAGAUCCACGUACGGUCCUGCGCGAUUCAAGCCACGGUUUUAUAUGAUUUGACCAGUGGCUUUCUGUCGAGUCAACAUUCGCUGCUUCGCUGUGUUAACGUUAUUUUAUGAUUAAGUUAAAUAAAAAAAUAAACAUAAAUAAAUAAAAAAUCAUUGUCAAUCUUAAUCAACGUUGAGGAAUAACCGUGUUCACUUUCGAACACGAACGAGAGAUUUUCAAGAUAUAAGCAGAGAGGGAGAGAGAGAAAGAGAAAAAGAGAAAGAGAGAGAAAGAGAAAAAGAGAAAGAGAGAGAAAGGAGAGACGGUUGUUGUUCGGUGACAAAAAAAAAAGUGAAUACAUCCAUUAAAGGAAUCAACGAAGGAAAGGUGUCGCGAAAUAUUUUUGUGACUAUUUCGAUGAUCGUGCUAGAUCGUGGUGUGCAUCAUGCAGGAGUUUAAGUCAACGUUUCGACAGACGUUGGCUCAGUUGGACGGACUAAUUCGUUGAUCGAGAAUGCGGAAUUUGACAAUGUGACGAGGAAGAAGACGAAGAAGAAGAAGAAAAAAAUAAAUAAAACAGCCUCAAAAACGAUAAAAGCUAAGGAGAGAAAGAAAGAGAGAGAGAGAGAGAGAGAGAGAGAGAGAGAGAGAGAGAGAAAGAGAGUGAGAGAAAGAAGGAAUUUGGAUUGUAGAUUUUCGAUCUCAGACUUUCUACAGAUGCAAAGAAUCCUCGUAAGACAAUUGAUGAGCGGCCGUCGGUGUUGGUGCGAUCGUUUCCUUUCAAGCUGCUGCCGGUUUUAGGCCUAACGUGCGCGCGCGCGCGUGCGGUGUGAAGCGAGUCGGUGAAAACCGAUCACCGGCAGCGGCAGGAUGAUGUACUCGCCGGACAAGAUGAUGGGAAGCAAGGGACUCCACGGGGCACCGAUCACCGCCCCUGGUUGCUUCCCUUCGGGCAGGUAUUCUCCACCACCAUAUCGUGCCGCACCGGAUCCUAUGCCGCCGCCGCCGCGACGCUGUAUGCCCAAUCCCACGAGUCGUAUAUUGGAAGAUGCAUCCAUAAUGUGCAAUUCUUGGUCACCGAGGCAUAACGGUGACUUAUUCGGGGGCUUGAACAGCGGUCUGCAAGACGGCUUACUUUCAAGGGCGGAGGCUUUAGCUGCGGAUUUGGGAAAGCACAACGCGGGCACUCCAAUGCCUUUGAAACACGAUCCGGUUUCCGUCUACCAUCAUGGUGCUCACAUGCCAACCCCCCAUCCAAAUAACCGGCCGCAUCAUCAGGUACAAUCACACCUCUUUAUGAGUCACCCUGGAAUGGAAAGCCUGGACAUGUUGGAUCCAGCAAAUUCCAUGACAACCUUGACGCCAAUGUCUGAAGGAGCUGGUGGUGGUCCGGGUCAUCACGCAGGUAUACAUGGACCUUCGGUGUAUGGUGGAAUGAACGGGAUGAUGGGACAUCACCAUCAUCACGGUAACCUUGGGGGUGGAGGUGGAAGCGUACCGCAUCCUGCUCAUCAUCAUCCAGCAAUGGCGGCAGCAGCAGCAGCGGCAGCAGCAGCGGGUCUUCAUCCUGACGCUGAUACAGAUCCACGAGAGUUGGAGGCGUUCGCAGAACGUUUCAAGCAGAGACGUAUCAAAUUGGGCGUGACACAAGCCGAUGUAGGCAAGGCUUUAGCGAAUUUGAAGUUACCAGGUGUGGGUGCACUUUCUCAAUCGACAAUAUGUCGUUUCGAAUCGCUCACUCUCUCACAUAACAAUAUGAUAGCACUAAAACCGAUACUCCAAGCCUGGCUGGAAGAAGCCGAGGCUCAAGCAAAAAACAAAAGACGUGAUCCAGACGCACCAUCCGUUUUACCAGCCGGUGAAAAAAAACGUAAGAGGACUAGCAUCGCCGCGCCGGAAAAACGCUCGCUCGAAGCAUACUUCGCGGUACAGCCCAGACCAUCCGGUGAGAAAAUUGCCGCGAUCGCGGAGAAGCUCGAUCUUAAGAAGAAUGUCGUCAGGGUCUGGUUUUGUAAUCAACGACAAAAGCAGAAGAGGAUGAAGUUCGCGGCUCAGCAUUGACCCGAGGGUGGCUUGUGACAGCAGAACUGACCCUACCAGUUGCCCAGUCUCGAGCCGAAACCCGAACCCCUGACCGAAUUUCAGGGCUGGCCGUGAAGAUUCAAAAAAAAGUUUUUCUUCGUCAUCUAUUUUCUUUAUCCUGAUCUCCUUCUUCUUCUUCUUCUUCCUCUUCUUUUUUUCUCCGAUGUGUCUCGAAAAAACGGCCCGAGAUUUCUACGGCUUGAUACUGUGACCAUCUGGUGCAACAAACCAGCUGUCGUCAGUGACACUGUUGCAAGCUGAUAUCGAAAAGUGGCUACGAAAAGCCGCAUUAGACGGUCUCUCUCGACGCGUUGUGACAUUGAAUCUACCUUGUUUCGAUGUGUCGAUGAAAGGACGAUUUUGUUUGGCUCUUUUAAAAAGGGGGGAUUUUCUCCUGUCUUUGUUUUUCUUUUUCCUUUUUUUCUUUUUUUUUUCGUUUCUUUAU